UUUAGUAUUAGUAUCAUUAAAUUAAAAAAGAAAUAAAACGCAAGUAAAAGUUGUUCACGGGACCAAUUUUACAAAACUGGAAACAAACUAAAAAUUAUCCGUACAUAAUCGAAAAUAAUUGGAAAUUGUAAAUUCAAUAUUCGAAACUUUGUCCUCUAAAUAAAGGGUUGGUGAUAUCAUAUCAUAUAGCACUAGCAGACUAGCAGUCGGUCCCAACUUUAGAAAAACUUUUGUUUUAGUAAUUAUGACUCUAUGAGGGUGAAGUAGCGAAAGAAGCAUGGGUCGUCGAAAGAUUGAAAUUGCAACGGUGAAGGACCCUAACACAAGGCAAGUAACAUUUUCUAAGCGUCGAACGGGUUUAUUCAAAAAGGCGAAUGAAUUGUCCAUCUUGUGCGGAGCAGAAAUUGCUAUUCUUGUGUUCUCCAUUGGAAAUAAGCCUUACUCUUUUGGCCACCCUAGUGUUGAAGCUGUUGUUGCCAAGUAUCUUCCACAUGCGACCCUUUCAAAUGAUGUCCAACAAAACAAUCCAUCUAAUGAAUUUGGUGACAUAGAUGGGUUAAAUCAACAAUUAUCUAAAGUUCAGGCCCAAAUACUUGAUGAAGAAAAGAAGGGUGCAGAGCUUGAUGAGAUGCUAAAACAACUCCAAGUGACACAACUUUCUCAGUGUAAAGAAUUGCAAGGUUCAUUUUUAAAGCUCCAAUGUAGGGUGAAGGAUUACAUUGACGCAAUCCAAGUGUCAGAGUGCAUGAUGCUCCUUGCCCAAGGACCACAAAUUGGAAUAACAAAUCAAGUGACUACAAAGAAAAGAAGAAAUAGUUGAUACGCUGCAACAUGUAAUUGAUCCCCAAGUGUUUUGGUUGCUUUAAUUUUAAAAAAUUA